AUGAGCUGUAGUAAACCGUCACACUUUGAUCGGUUCUCAGAAGGAUCUGUGGCAGGUGCCACUAUCACUGUAACCUCACCUGACAUCAGCAACUGGGCCAAAAUGGAAGCUAGUUUUGGAUCCACGUUUCCAGCAGUCCCUCAAGUAGCAAAAGCGGAAACCAAUUACAAACAGCAUCGUAGAACCCCUUCAUCCACCAGCACUCUGACCUACUCGCCUCGUGACGACGAUGAUGGCAUGCCGCCCAUCAGUACCCCUCGUCGCUCAGACUCUGCCAUCUCGAUUCGCUCCCUGCACUCCGAGUCCAACAUGUCAUUGCGCUCCACCUUUUCCCUGCACGAGGAAGAGGAAGACACAGAGCCGCUGGUGUUUGCAGAGCAGCCCUCAGUUAAGCUUUGUUGCCAGCUGUGCUGCAGCGUGUUCAAGGACCCCGUCAUCACGACCUGUGGACACACAUUCUGCAGGCGAUGUGCCUUGACCUCAGAUAAAUGCCCGGUGGACAACUCCAAGCUAACAGUGGUAGUGAAUAACAUAGCGGUGGCUGAGCAAAUUGGUGAGCUUUUCAUCCACUGCAAGUACGGCUGUCGGCCAGCUGCCUCAGGCAAGCCCGGUGCCUUUGAGGUUGACCCACUUGGUUGUCCUUUCACCAUCAAGCUAAGCACCAGGAAAGAUCAUGAAGUAAGCUGUGACUACAGACCUGUUCGCUGUCCCAACAACCCAAACUGCCCUCCACUGCUCACCAUGAACCUGGAGGCCCAUUUGAAAGAGUGUGAACACAUCAAGUGCCCUCAUUCUAAAUAUGGUUGCACCUUUAUUGGGAAUCAGGAUACAUAUGAGACGCACCUGGAGGUGUGUAAGUUCGAGGGGCUGAAGGAGUUUCUCCAGCAGACUGAUGACCGAUUCCAUGAGAUGCAGGUGACACUGGCGCAGAAGGACCAGGACAUCUCGUUCCUGCGCUCCAUGCUGGGCAAACUCUCUGAGAAACUAGACCAGCUGGAGAAGAACUUGGAGCUCAAGUUCGAUGUGCUGGAUGAGAAUCAGAGCAAGCUCAGUGAAGAUCUAAUGGAGUUCCGACGAGAUGCUUCCAUGCUGAAUGAUGAACUGUCCCACAUCAAUGCCAGGCUCAAUAUGGGUAUACUGGGCUCUUAUGACCCGCAGCAGAUCUUCAAAUGCAAGGGUACAUUUGUGGGCCACCAGGGUCCGGUGUGGUGUCUGUGUGUGUAUUCUACCGGUGAUCUUCUCUUUAGUGGGUCAUCAGAUAAGUCCAUCAAGGUUUGGGACACAUGCACCACAUACAAGUGCCAGAAGACCCUAGAGGGCCAUGAUGGCAUAGUGUUGGCAUUGUGCAUUCAGGGGAACAAGCUGUACAGUGGCUCAGCUGAUUGCACGAUCAUUGUUUGGGAUAUCCAGACCCUGCAGAAAGUGAACACUAUCCGGGCACAUGACAACCCUGUGUGCACUCUGGUCUCCUCUCACAACAUGCUCUUCAGCGGCUCUCUCAAAGCCAUUAAGGUGUGGGAUAUUGUGGGCACUGAGCUGAAGCUAAAGAAGGAAUUGACUGGCUUGAAUCACUGGGUUCGAGCUCUGGUUGCUUCUCAGAAUCAUCUAUACAGUGGAUCUUAUCAAACCAUAAAGAUCUGGGACAUCCGUUCUCUGGAGUGUGUGCAUGUGCUCCAGACCUCUGGAGGCAGUGUGUACUCCAUUGCAGUCACCAACCACCAUAUAGUUUGUGGCACUUAUGAGAACCUCAUUCAUGUUUGGGACAUUGAGUCCAAAGAACAGGUGCGGACGCUUACGGGCCACGUGGGCACAGUGUAUGCCCUAGCCGUCAUCUCCACCCCUGAUCAGACCAAAGUGUUUAGUGCCUCCUAUGAUCGCUCUCUCAGGGUGUGGAGCAUGGACAACAUGAUCUGCACCCAGACUCUGCUGCGGCACCAGGGCAGUGUGACGGCGCUCGCUGUAUCCAGAGGAAGACUGUUCUCUGGAGCUGUAGACAGCACAGUAAAGGUGUGGACAUGCUAAACAUGACCUCUGAGCAUUAUUAGUUAUUAUUACAAAUCUCAUGAAACUCAGAACCAACAUGAACUCUGAUGCUCAGACUUAUAUACGAGUAUGAAUAAUGUUAUUCAAGAGAACAUUGCAACAUACAUUGGACGGGAAAUGUUUUUAUUUUUGACCCUGUGAACUCGGGUAUCUGUCCCGUGUGAACUUUACAGUAAAAUGUCGUCUGGGUUUAUUUGCUGGAUGGAUGGUGCUUGUUUGCUUUCCACAUACCGGAUACAUUUCGACAGCAAACAGAACCUCCAAACCUGCUGUCUUUAUUAACACCCAGCGGAGCGCAGCCAACAUGACAACACUGUAUUUUAUAUGCACAAAUAACAAUAUCAUUUCCUAUAAAAGUAUGAUUUAGAUUUGGUAAGACUUCAACUCAAUUCCAAAAGAAGCUGAAUCCAGUCCAAGGUCAUGUUCCCAGGAGACCACGGAAAUGUUGCUGCGAUGACUGUUGUUGAACUUUGUGAGUCGCAGUCUCAUGACUAAGUGAGUGCCUAAGCAUCAGUCUGAUGCCAGUGGAGAUGCAUGGAGUGACCAUCAUCCCAGGGCUGAAUGAAGACCUACACUAAACCAACUUGGGCCUGAAACAGCAGAGCAUUGACAACACGGUGCCCAUGUUUUUAUUUCCGAUUUGAAAGUGCCAACUGAACGCCCAGAACUGCUCAGAUAUUUUCUAACUGCCUGUUGACUGAUGUGAAACCUUUGUAUGACGGUGUAAUGACCUACUCAUCCAUCAUGCUUGUGUUAAUAAUGCAAUGUUUCCUUACCAAAGGCGCAACUGCUUCAUGCAUGGUUCCAUGUUUAUCAUGGAAGCCAGAUUUUGCCCAUACCAAGCUAAUAAGACUUUUACAGUGUAA